CGGGGGGUCGGGGGGGGCCAAGAGGGGGCGGGCGGGAGGUCGCGACCUAUCGCGACAUAUCGCGACUUGCCGCCCCUUCCCAUCGCAUCCUCCCUUCCCGAACUCCCCCCCUGGAUCGGGCUCCGCCGCUCCGCGGGGCCGCAGCACCUUCCGUGUCCCGGCUCCGUCCCGGUCCCAGCCCGGGCUCCCGCUCUUCCCGCCUCUGGAAAUAUGUCCGAGGGAGUGGAUCUGAUUGACAUCUACGCCGACGAGGAAUUCACCCAGGACCCGGAGUUCAGUAAUGCUGACCAGAUGGACCUGUACGACGACGUGCUGACGGCCAGCUCCCAGCCCCAGGACAAGCGCUCCGGCGGCUCGGAAGCACCUCCGGAGAUGCACCCGGAGCCGUCCCCCAAGGCCCACAGCAAACCCCCGGCCAUCCUCUACACCUACAGCGGGCUCCGCAACAAGAGGGCCGCCGUCUACGUCGGGAGCUUCUCCUGGUGGACGACGGACCAGCAGCUGAUCCAGACCAUCCGCUCCGUCGGAGUCUACGACGUGGUGGAGCUGAAAUUCGCGGAAAACCGAGCCAAUGGCCAAUCCAAGGGGUACGCGGAGGUGGUGGUGGCCUCCGAGAACUCGGUGCACAAACUGCUGGAGCUGCUUCCCGGGAAGAUCCUGAACGGAGACAAGGUGGAGGUGAGGUUGGCCACCCGGCAGAACCUGUCCCAGUUCGAGGCCCAGGCUCGGAAACGUGUGCCGCCGCGGGCCCACUCCCGGGAUUCCGUGGACGCCGUGGACGGCCGGGCGACGCCGACGGACAGCGCGCUGCCCCCUUCCCGCAUGGAAAAGCCCCCCUCGGUCCUGCCCUUCUUCAGCCGCCCCCCCGCGCUGCCCCUCAUGGGGCUGCCCCCCCCGCCCAUGCCCCCCCCGCCCCCCCUGUCCUCCGCCUUCGGGGUCCCUCCUCCUCCUCCCGGAAUUCCCUACCAGCACCUCCUGCCCCCGCCGCCCCGGCUGCCCCCUCCCCUGGCCGUGCCCCCUCCGGGGGCCGUUCCCCCCGCCCUGCACCUCAAUCCCGCCUUCUUCCCGCCUCCCACCGCCGCGCUGGGACCCCCCCCGGAUACCUACGGCAAGGCCAUGGCUCCCUACAACCACAGCAGCAGCCGGGAGCUGGGCCCGCUGCCCCCGGCCGUGAGCGAGGGGGAGUUUGAGGAGAUCAUGAACCGCAACCGCGCCAUUUCCAGCAGCGCCAUUUCCAAGGCCGUGUCCGGCGCCAGCGCAGGCGACUACAGCAACGCCAUCGAGACGCUGCUCACGGCCAUCGCCGUCAUCAAACAGUCGCGCGUGGCCGGGGACGAGCGGUGCCGCGUCCUGCUCUCCUCCCUCAAGGAUUGCCUGCAUGGAAUAGAGGCCAAAUCCUACAGCAGCAGCUCCAGCAGCAGCUCCAGGAAAAGGCACCGAUCCCGGGAGCGCUCGCCCAGCCGGUCCCGCGAGAGCAGCCGGAGGCACCGGGAUCUGCUGCACGGCGACGAGCGGCACGAGGAUUAUUUCCCAGAGCGGAGCCGGGAGCACGAGCGGCACCGGGACAGGGACAGAGACAGGGACCGGCACCACUGAGGCAGGAAUUCCGCAGGAAGUGGUUUUUAAUGGACUCGUAUCUCCUCACCUCGACACACCCCGAGGCCGCUCCGCCCCAUCCCGGCCCCUUCCCAGCCACUCCCAGCCCUCUCCCAGCACCUCGUGGCCUUGGGAAUCCCCCCCACCUGCUGCUGCUGCUGCUUCCCGGGGCCAUCCCGCUCCGCUCCGUGGACACUCGGACCCAAAGAGAAAUGGUGCUUUUAUUCCAUGGAGGGAGGUUUGUGAGCCCUUCCCAAUCCAGGGAGGGGGGGGAACGGAGGGGACGGAGCCCUCCCGAUCCCGGGAUCAGGAGCCACGUGCCGGCCUCUGGAUCGCCUGGGGACACUCCUGUCCCCAUCGCCCCGGCGGGACACUGGGCCACUCUCCUCCUUUUCCACCCUCGCCCUCCAGGAGUUGGGAAAAGAGGGGCUGGAGCUGGGCCGGGGGUCACCCCCUUCUCUAUCCCGACAUUCCCCACAGCAGCAUUCCCACCUGAACGGCAGCUCCGGCCUCUCCCGCGGCACCUUCCUUGUUUUAGAGGAAGCGGAGGAGGCAGGGCAGGCUGCGAUUCCCUCGGGUCCCCUCCUGAUCCCUCGGGAUCCCCGAGCAGGAGAGGGAGAGCCCGGGAGGGUUGGGAUGAGCCGGGACACACCGGUGACUUCCAGGGCUGGAAUUGCCCCCGGAGCUAUUCCCAGGCGGGAAAACCCAGGCUCUGGGAAGUCUUUUUAAGUUGAACUCUCCCCAAAAUCAGGAAUAACACCCCCCCUCCCGAUUUCCCAAGCCCCACGAGGUGGGAGCGCUCGGCAGGAGAGGUCCGGGUUUUUUUUACUUAAACGCCACAGAUUUUUAGUUUCUUUCCAAAUAGUGGAGGGGGGGAAAAAAAUUCCCUCAAAAUUGCAGAGCAAAUCCCUGGAAGCCCCAGCGAGGAGCUGCCCCCUCCUGCUCGCAGUGAUUAGAUUUGUCUUUGCAUAGGUUGAAAAACAAUUGUGUAAUAAACUCGAUGACGUUGUCAAGUCUUUUA